AUGACGGUCAACACGAACACACUUGCUGAACAAAUUUAUUUAGAGCUGUAUACUUCAAAAAAUAACACGCUCUCUUUGAUUCCGUUAUCAGAUCGACUGCAAUCAAACAUGAGCAGCGUGCUGAAAACUCAGGAAGAUCGGGUUGUUGAGCUCAAUGAAUGGGAGCAACGCUGGGAGGAAAACAAAAUCGGCUUUCAUCAGCCACAAGUACACCGGAUGCUGGAGAGUAAAUUGGACAAAGUUUUGGCUGGGCGGAAAGAAGUUCGCUUUUUCUUUCCUCUCUGUGGGAAAGCUGUGGAUAUGAAAUGGCUAGCAGACAUGGGGCAUUCAGUGGUUGGAGUGGAGAUAUCUGAAAUAGCCAUUCAACAGUUCUUUGUGGAGAACAACCUGAGCUACAGCGAGGAGCCCGUUUUGGGUUUACCUGGAGCAAAGAUCUUCAAGAACUCAGAGAAAAACAUCUCCUUGUACAACUGUGAUCUGUACAGCUUCGCCAGUUCAAUUGCAGGUCAGUUUGGGGCUAUUUGGGACAGAGGAUCUCUUGUGGCCAUCAACCCAAGAGACAGAGAAAAAUAUGCUUCUCUCAUCAUUUCUUUGAUGGCCAAUGACUGCAGAUACCUUUUGUCCACGUUGAUGUACAAUCCUGAACUUUAUAAAGGCCCCCCCUUUGUUGUGCCUGGUGAGCAAGUAUAUGCCCUGUUUGGAGAAAGGUACAACGUAGAACAGCUCCUAUCAGAGAAUGUCACAGAAGACAAACACCGGGCUCGGGGCAUAGACAACCUGAUUGAGCAACUGUACCUCAUCACUCCAAAGAUUAAUUGAAAGCAGAUAAUACUUGAUAAAUAAGCAUCUUUUUGAGAACUAUGAUUGCUGAAUUUAUGAAUAAAAUACUUGCUUGGUCAUA